UAAUUGUAUAACGACUAUGCGUCAGUCCCGCAGAGCUCUGCUAACCACCUUAAUAUUUGGCUACUCUUUACAAUUUAGUACACUCAAGAAAACAACAGCUCUAUUGUCAAUACUUCUUGAAAAAAAUUAAAAUGGUUACCAAGGACGAUUUAGACAAAGAUCAAAUAGCUUUAUUAAAAAGAGCUUUCGAUGCUUUCGCUCAAGACAAGGGAUUCAUAGAAACUAACAUGGUAGGUACGAUUCUUCAAAUGUUAGGUCACGAUGUUUCUGAGGAUCGACUACAAGAAAUCAUUGCUGAAGUUGAUGCGGAUGGAUCAGGAGAAUUAGAAUUCGAAGAAUUCGUUACACUAGCAGCUGGAUUCCUAACUGAAGAUGAACCGGAAGAUGUAGAAGCAAUGCAAGCAGAAUUAAAAGAAGCAUUUAGAUUAUAUGAUAAAGAAGGCAAUGGUUACAUUACAACGGAUGUACUAAGAGAAAUACUCAAAGAAUUGGACGACAAAAUAACAAAUGAAGAUCUAGAUAUGAUGAUAGAAGAAAUUGAUUCUGAUGGUUCCGGAACUGUAGACUUUGAUGAAUUCAUGGAAGUCAUGACUGGCGGAGAUGAUUGAUUUUCUUCAAAAUGCAUUAUUUAUUUAUGUUUUAGAUAUAAAACUAUUUAAAACCAAGAUUUGUUUAAUUAUAUAUUUAAAUUAUAAUUCAAAUUUUGAAACCCAAAAGGUUUUAUACAGUUCUUACAUAGUAUACUACAUAGUUUUUGUUAA